AUGGGCUUAAACAAGCACCAAGGGCUUGGUAUAAAUGAUUUGCUGACUUUGUUUCUUCCAUUGGUUUUGCUAAUAGCAAAUACUCUCCGCUGUUCGAUUAUGGAUCUUAUUGGCUCAGAAUUUGAUAUGAAGGACCUAGGUCCUUUGAAUUAUUUUCUUGGCAUUGCGGUGACUCGUCAUAAGGGUGGUGCUCUUCAGUAUCUUACGUUCACUAGACUGGAUAUCUCUUAUGCCGUACAACAGGGUACUCUUGAUCAUGGUCUGCAUCUCUACCCAUCUUCGGUCACUGAUUUGGUUUCCUAUACUGAUGCUGAUUGGGGAGGAUGUCCAGACACACGACGUUCAACGUCGGGUUACUGCCUUUUGGAAGAAGAAGAGGUGGAAGUCCUAGUUGUGAAAGAGACAGCUAAGGAACCUGCCAAAAUUAGUCAUGGUAAAGUAAAUGAUUAA